AGACAGAGAGAGGAGAAAGAGAGAGAGACAGAGAGAGGAGAAAGAGAGAGAGACAGAGAGAGGAGAAAGAGAGAGAGAGCGGACAGGCAGAGAGCUCUCGGGAAACGUAACCACCACUCUCUCUUCCCCGCGUAAAACCAGUCUCUCGAUUGCUCUCUCCGACGGUGAAGUCUGUUGGAAGUCGACGAGGAGAAACCGUUGGACUCUCACUGAACCAACUGCAAGCAGCGAGGGAAAGAGAAGAGGACGACUUGUUAAAAUAUCAUCCGUCGGUUAGAUGUAAAGUAGGCUAUAGGGGAGGCUGAAAUCUAACUUGUGACAUACUGAAGAAUAUCCGAGUUUCUCUCUCCAGUUAGACCCACUACCGGAGGUUAACACAACGGCUCCGUGUCGACAUGGAUAAAGUUAGACAUUGGCUAUUAGCUGCUAUCAGCUUGUUGUUAACGGUUCGAGGAGAAGCCUAUAAAGGUGAUUGUAAGUUUGACAAGCCGUUCGCAGCCUGCGGGUACAGCCAGGGGAGAGAGGACGAUCUAGAUUGGGAACAGGCCAACACCAGAGUGAAGCCCACAGCAGACCCCUGGAUGCCAACAGAUUCAGCCUUCAUUAUGGUCAACACGUCGGGGCGUUUCGCUGGUCAGAAGGCAUUACUCCUGACUCCCCAGCUGAAGGAGAAUGACACUCACUGUAUCAUCUUCCAGUACUUCCUGUCUGGACGCGAGGGGGCGGGACCGGGGCAGCUCAACGUGUACAUCAGAGAGAACAACAGUCCACUGGGCAUGCCCGUCUGGAACGUGUCUGGGCCAGCUACUAGAGCCUGGGUACAGGUAGAACUGGCCAUCUCUACCUACUGGCCCAACUUCUAUCAGAUGGUGUUUGAGGUGGUAACCUCAGGGCGUCGUGGCCUGCUGGCCAUCAAAAAUGUGGUGCUCCAGGGCCAUCAGUGCAUGAACACCCCUCACUUCCUGACCAUAAAGGGUGUAGAGGUGAACGCUGGACAGACGGCCGCCUUCCACUGUACUGUCAACGGACGACAGAGAGACAACUUCAACCUCUGGUUACAGGGUAUUGGUGGACGCGAGGCCCCUAUGAAGUCCACUAAGCCGUGGAACAACAGACGCUUCAUUGGGACCUUCGACGUGGAGAACACCACUAAAGGAGACUCAGGACGCUACCGAUGCAUAGUCCACUCUGACAGAGGAGUCGGAGUGUCUAACUAUGGAGAACUCACCAUAAAACAGCCCCCGGUGCCCAUCGCUCCCCCCCAGCUCACAGCGGUCGGCGCCACCUACCUUUGGAUCCAGCUUAACGCUAACUCCAUCAACGGAGACGGUCCAAUCAUCGACCGAGAGGUGGAGUACCGUACGGUGUCAGGGACCAUGUAUGACCUGCAGCCUGUGGACAAGACCACCCAUAAGAUAGGUCACCUGACACCAGACACAGACUAUGAGAUCAGUGUGCUGUUGACCAGGCCCCUGGAUGGAGGGACUGGGGCCCCCGGGCCUCCUCUCAGGGCCAGGACCAAGUGUGCUGAGCCAAUCCACGGUCCCAGUAAUCUAGAAGUCGUUGACGUCCAAUCUAAACAAGUCACUGUUCGCUGGGAGCCUUUCGGCUACAACGUCACACGUUGCCAUAGCUACAACCUGACGGUGCAGUACCGGUCCCAAGUGGCGGGGAAGGACGAGACCCGGGAGGAGGUGUGUUACGACACCCUGGGUCGCGACCCCCAGCACACCAUCCACAACCUGACUCCCUACACCAACCUGUCAGUCAAACUGGUCCUCAAGAACCCAGAGGGGGUCAAAGAGAGCCCAGAGAUGGAGCUGCAGACGGAUGAAGACGUACCCGGAGCGGUUCCUCUGGAGUCCAUCCAGGGCAGUGCUUAUGAAGAGAAGAUGAUCCUGAAAUGGAGAGAACCAGCCCAGACCUAUGGAAUCAUCACUCAGUACGAGAUCUCCUACAAGACAGUGAGUUCCUUUGACCCAGAGCUGGAUCUGUCCAACCAGAGUGGGAAGGUCCUGAAACACAGCAAUGAGACCAGCCACAUCUUCCUGGGGCUGUACCCAGGAUCCACGUACUCAUUCACCCUCCGAGCCUCUACCGCCAAGGGAUAUGGUCCAUCAGUCAUCACACAGUUCACCACCAAGAUAUCAGCUCCCUCCAUGCCAGCUUAUGACCAGGAGACAUCUCUGAACCAGACAGACAGCACAGUGACUGUCCUGCUGAAACCUGCACAGAGCCGAGGGGCACCUGUCAGUGGGUACCAGGUGGUGGUAGAAGAGGAGAGGCCUCAGAGGGCGAGGAGGGGAGCGGUUGAGAUUCUCCGCUGUUACCCUGUCCCCAUCCACUUCCAGAACUCCACGGUCCUGAACUCUGGGUACUACUUCACAGCUGAGUUCCUCGCCGUAGGGCUACAGGCUCCUCAACCCUUCACUGUGGGAGACAACAAGACCUACGGUGGAUACUGGAACACCCCCCUACUGCCGCAGAAGAGCUACAGCAUCUACUACCAGGCGGUCAGCACGGCUAACGGGGAGACCAAGAUGGACUGUGUCCGCAUCGCCACUAAAGCUGCCAUACUGGUGACCCAGCUCACGACUCCGUACCUCCGCAUCGUACCAGCGGCUGGUGACGACCAACUAACAGGAGCGGCCACCCAUAAGCCUGAUGCGGUAGAGCCAGAGAAACAGACUGACCAUACAGUGAAGAUAGCCGGAGUCAUCGCUGGCAUCCUCCUCUUCGUCAUUAUCUUCCUCGGAGUCGUCCUCCUCAUGAAGAAAAGAAGAACCUACCACUCCUACACUUACUAUCUGAAGCUGGCUAAGAAGCGUAAAGAGACGUUGAGCAGUACUCGACAGGAGAUGACAGUGAUGGUUAACUCUAUGGAUAAGAGUUAUACGGAGCAGGGGACAAACUGCGACGAGGCCUUGUCCUUCAUGGACACACACAGCCACACGCUCAACACCAGGAGUGAGUGUACCCUCAUCAUCAAUGGGAGAACUGCAUCGUCCCCUUCUUCCUUCACCCUGAAUAAGUCUAAUACUCUCAGCACAACGCUUCUCAAGUCCUACUACCCAGAUCCCUUCGUGCCAACCGCUAUCUUAGUGCCCAUAAAUGACGACAGCCAGACGCUGGGUGGUGGUGGUAGCUGCAGCGACACCAGUAGUCUGGUCCAGUCUCACGGCCACUCCCUGAGGAAGAGGGAGGGGACAGUAGACGCGCCCUACCAGACAGGCCAGCUCCACCCUGCUAUCAGAGUAGCCGACCUGCUACAGCACAUCACGCAGAUGAAGUGCGCGGAGGGAUACGGCUUCAAGGAGGAGUACGAGAUCAAUCUCAACCCUGCCUUCUACAUCAGUCUCAACCCUGCCUUCUACAUCAAUCUCAGCCCUGCCUUCUACAUCAGUCUCAACCCUGCCUUCUACAUCAGUCUCAACCCUGCCUUCUACAUCAGUCUCAACCCUGCCUCCUACAUCAGUCUCAACCCUGCCUUCUACAUCAGUCUCAGCCCUGCCUUCUAUAUCAGUCUCAACCCUGCCUUCUACAUCAGUCUCAGCCCUACCUUCUACAUCAGUCUCAGCCCUAUCAAUCUCAACCCUGCCUUCUACAUCAGUCUCAACCCUGCCUUCUACAUCAAUCUCAGCCCUGCCUUCUACAUCAGUCUCAACCCUGCCUUCUACAUCAGUCUCAACCCUGCCUUCUACAUCAGUCUCAACCCUGCCUCCUACAUCAGUCUCAACCCUGCCUUCUACAUCAAUGUGUCUGCGGGCUACCACAGGCCCAACCAUUACAUCGCUACCCAGGGUCCGAUGCAAGAGACGGUGUUUGACUUCUGGAGGAUGGUGUGGCAGGAGAACACGGCUGCUAUCGUCAUGGUCACCAACCUGGUGGAAGUUGGCAGGGUGAAGUGCUGUAAGUACUGGCCGGACGACACAGAGAUCUACAGAGACAUCAAGGUGACCCUCAUAGAGACGCAGCUACUGUCAGAGUACGUCAUACGGACCUUCGCUGUCGAGAAGAGAGGAGCCCAUGAGAUCCGGGAGAUCCGUCAGUUCCACUUCACAGGGUGGCCGGACCACGGGGUGCCCUACCACGCUACUGGCCUCCUGGGCUUUGUACGUAGGGUGAAGGCCAAGACACUCACCAUUGCUGGACCCAUGGUCAUCCACUGCAGUGCGGGGGCGGGCCGAACAGGCUGUUUCAUAGUGAUUGACAUCAUGCUGGACAUGGCAGAGAGAGAGGGCGUGGUGGACAUCUAUAACUGUGUCAGAGAGCUGCGCUCCAGGAGAGUCAACAUGGUGCAGACUGAGGAGCAGUAUGUCUUUAUCCACGACGCCAUCUUGGAGGCGUGUCUUUGUGGUGACACCACCAUCCCAGCCAAUCAGCUUCGCUCGGUCUACUAUGACAUGAACCGAUUGGACCCCCAGACCAACUCCUCCCAGAUUAAAGAGGAGUUCAGGACUCUGAACAUGGUGACUCCUACGUUGCGGGUGGAGGACUGUAGUAUCGCCCUGCUCCCCAGGAACCACGAGAAGAACCGCUGUAUGGAUGUUCUUCCUCCUGACCGCUGUCUGCCCUUCCUCAUCACCAUCGACGGAGAGAGCUCCAACUACAUCAACGCUGCUCUUAUGGACAGUUAUAAGCAGCCGUCAGCGUUCAUCGUGACCCAGCAUCCUCUACCCAACACAGUGAAGGAUUUCUGGAGGCUGGUGUUGGACUACCACUGCACCUCCAUAGUGAUGCUCAAUGACGUCGACCCAGCACAGCUAUGUCCUCAGUACUGGCCAGAGAACGGGGUGCAUCGCCAGGGGCCAAUCCAGGUGGAGUUUGUAUCAGCUGACCUGGAGGAAGACAUAAUCAGUAGAAUAUUCAGGAUCUACAACGCAGCACGACCUCAGGACGGGUACCGUAUGGUGCAACAGUUCCAGUUCCUGGGUUGGCCAAUGUACCGAGACACUCCCAUGUCCAAACGCUCCUUCCUCAAGCUCAUCAGACAGGUGGACAAAUGGCAGGAGGAGUAUGAUGGAGGAGAGGGGCGCACUGUGGUGCACUGUCUUAACGGAGGAGGUCGCAGUGGGACGUUCUGUGCCAUCAGCAUCGUGUGUGAGAUGUUACAACAUCAACGUUCUGUAGACGUUUUCCACGCCGUCAAAACACUGAGGAACAACAAACCCAACAUGGUCGACCUACUGGAUCAGUACAAGUUCUGCUAUGAAGUGGCUCUGGAGUACUAGAACAGCAGACUGGGCCUGGAUGCAGAUCUAGACUGAAGGGGUUUGGGACAUUACAAAAGACUGCAGCACAGACCGACCCUGUGUUAUCACGGUCAAACAACUGGAGCGAGGCAACACAGCAAGCACACAGACACGCAGAGCUCUCUCUCUCUCUCUCUCUCUCUCCUCUCUCUCUCUCUCUCUC